CUCGGGGAGGAUUUCAAACCCUCGGCCGCGACCACCUCCCCUCUCCCGGCCCCGUCGGGCCCCAGCAACAGGCGGCGGCCCGCGUAUCAUUGGCCGGGCCGCGCAAAGGCGUGUUUUGAUUGGCCGCCGCGCCUCCCGGCCCCGCUCUAGCGCUCACCGCCGCCUCCAUUUUGUCGGUAGAGGCAGAAGGGGAAGGUCGGUCGGGACGCUGAGGUGGCCUGCAGCUGUCUCGUCGGUGCUCGUGGGCUUCGCUCGUUCCGUGCCUCGUCUCUCCCUGGAAGGGGAGGGGGGCUUCGACGCCGAGCAGGAGCCGCCGCCGCCGUAGUCCCGGGUUCGAAGUCGCUAAGACUUCUCUCAAACUUGUGUGCUGAGGAGACUCAGAUGUUGGCCUCAGCUCCUAGGCUGAACUCAGCAGAUCGGCCCAUGAAAACUUCUGUAUUGAGACAAAGGAAAGGAUCUAUCAGAAAGCAACAUCUAUUAUCCUGGGCGUGGCAGCAAGGAAGAGGACAGGUGGUGGAAAUCCUGCAAUCUGAAAAGCAGACUGAAAGGUGACAAAGAAGCUGAAGAUGGGUGGUGGCGAGAGGUAUAACAUUCCAGCCCCUCAGUCUAGAAAUGUUAGUAAGAACCAACAACAGCUUAGUAGACAGAAGACCAAGGAUCAGAAUUCCCAGAUGAAGAUUGUUCAUAAGAAAAAGGAAAGAGGACAUACUUAUAAUUCAUCAGCAGCUGCAUGGCAGGCCAUGCAAAGUGGGGGGAAGAACAAAAAUUUUCCAAAUAAUCAAAACUGGAACUCUAGCUUGUCAAGCCCCACCUUACUUUUUAAGUCUCCAACUAAUCAGAACUAUGCUGGAGCCAAAUUUAGUGAGCCGCCAUCACCAAGUGUUCUUCCUAAACCACCAAGCCACUGGGUUCCUGUUUCCUUUAAUCCUUCUGAUAAAGAAAUAAUGACAUUUCAACUUAAAACCUUACUUAAAGUACAGGUGUAAAAUGAGAUAAAGUAUUAAUGUGUUUAAAUUUAGUCAUAUUUAGGGAUAAUUGGCAAUUGUCUCAGACCAAAUUCACUAGGGAAUUUAAUGUGUAAAACUGCUAAUUAAUGUAGAAAAUAUAAUUAGACUUAACUGUUUUGUGUGUUAUGUGCACUGUGAUGGUAGAAUCAGUGCAACUUAAAAUAACUAAAUUAUUGAUAAUUGUACUUCAUAUAAAAUACUAAGUGUUCUCAAUUGAGUAACCAAGUGAAACCAGUCAAGUUUAGACUUGGGGAAUGGUAAAGGAAUCAACUUUUUCUGUUGCCUGUUGGGGGAAAAUAGUAAUUUAAGAUUAUCAUUCACAGAUCAGCAGAUUGACUUGUUGAGAUCUGGUAAAUGAUUAUAAGCAUCCAGUUAAGACAUACAGGGGUUGAAAACUAGUUGAAUAUUUGAAAGUUUAAUGUCCUAGAAACACCUAAACCAGUAAUAUGCCAACAAUCUGAUGCACUGCCAAAAGAAAAUGUGAAUUUUUUUUUAGAGUAUAGUUGUAUUUUAGUGAACUGUAUGGUGGUGAAUGCGGAAAGGGCACUAGGGGCUAUUUAGAAUGAAACAGUAUACCCCAUUGUCCCUGUUACUGACAUGCAGUGGAUAGGUGUCUGCCAACAAAUGCACCGAAACCAUUUUUUAUAGAAAUAGUAUUCGGUGUUCACCGAGUAGCUUUCAGAAUACACUUUUGUAUUAUGGCACUGCACAAGCUAUUCUGACAGUGAUCUGGCUUCAAAUCAUCCCUGCACAGCUUGUUUAAAGUUGGGAGCUAUAUAAUGUGAAAGUUUUACGUACCUAGGAAAGAGCCAUGUAAAUAUAUGUAAUAAACUUGUAGCAUAUGUAAAGUUUUCUUGGCAUUUAUCCUACAAAAAUAGAAUAUUUUAGUAUGAAUUUGCUGAAUGUAAGACAUGGACUCCUUUUAUACUAUGGCCUAAUUUUAAAGGUCCAAAAAAACCUUGUUUUUAAAGUUUGCCCUUGUGCUAAAGUGCCACUGUACGUAUACUAUGAUUGAUCUUGUUGUAAACUAUAUUUCAAAGUAAAUCCUAGUGUAAGAAGUUUUAUAUAACUGAAAAGGUUUUAAGCUGCUAAAACACUUCCUAUUUUUGAGAGAUGUGAAAUGCAGUAUGGGAUUAUUUUAAUUUCUUUCUUAAGCCCAAAGAUGAACUAUUAAGGGGUUCCUCUAACCUUAAAAGAUUCAUUUUGGCUUUCAACAGUUUGUGUAACCUAUGAGUAUAGUGUACAAUGCCAGCGUUUUUUUUUUUUUUUUGGUCAACAGGUGCAACCCAGGGGACCACUCAUAGCAAAAGAUGCAAUUUCUUGCCUAAUACCAUGAUAACAUGUUUUGUUUACCUUAAAGAUAAGCGCUAAUUAUAACAGCCAACCCAAUGAAUUAAAAGGAAAGCGUGGGGGGGGGUCUAUUUAGAAUAUGGUGGUAGGUGCCCUCUUUUCUCAUUUGGCAGCUUUUUUGAUACUUUUAAGCAAAUGGGUAAGUUGUAUUUCUCCUAAUAAAUUCAGGUGAGAUAAUAUUGCCCACAUCAAAUAAUGAUAUCCUGAAGACAAGUUUAUAUAAUAGUACUUAAUGUACAUACAGGAAUUUGAAGCAUGAAAUUAAAAAAUAAAAUUGCUUUUUCCCA